AUGAAAAUGGCUCUCUUCAUACCAGCUGAUGGCAUUUUAAGAACUCAUCUUACGUGGGAGCAGCUUCAAAAGAGCGUCCAUAUAGCGUUUGGAAAAGAAGCGAAAUUUGGACCGAACAAAGACGUCAAAGAAAUUGGGAUCGGCAACGGAGUUAUGUCAAAAAUGUGCUUGAUAUCACCUCACUGGCAAACUCGGAUCAAAGGCGUGCCACAGGAAUUCUUAGUAAAGAUUUCCUCACAACUAUCAGUCGUAGAAAACAAAGCGUUUACGGAGCAGAACAAAGUAUUCAGUGAAGAGCUUCUCAAACAGCUUGAACGUCAAGUGAAACGGGUGAGGGGAGUUCACGUAUGCGUUAACUAA